AUCUACUUUUGGUUAAGAAUUGGGUACGGACCAAUGAUUCUGUGAGUUCAACACCAGAACUGUCCGCACAAUUACGUGUAAACCGAACAAUAGGCAUUAAUCAGCUUAUUGGUGGUUCUGUUAAUACUAGUAGGGUAUUGCAGGCUCCUGAUGCUUUCCAUUACACACCUUCCGUAGAAAGUAUUAAGGUUAAACUAUGGGAAAUUGGUUUCAAAGUUGAUCCAGAUUUUUCCAAUGCCGUCAACGAAAUUUCUUUUAUAAUUAAAACAUUAUAUAAUUUUGCAGGAAAAGGCAAAGUUCCAGUAAAUUAUCUUGCAGAUUUUAGAUUCAUAAAAUCAUCUGAGGCUUUAUUUGCCACUACUUUAGAUCAUGAUUCAAAUGCAUUGUAUUGUCAAAUGGAUAUUGUAGCAUUUUUUGAUACUCCUGACUGGGAAGAACUUAUACAAUUAUUAGGACAAAGAUAUUUUAAUAAUAAGUACAAUGCAAA